AUGGCAACAGUUCCUGAUGAAACAGUAUCUGUCCCACCUUCCUUAGCAUCAAAUAAUAUUAGUCCAUCACAACAACCAUCGCGUUUAAAUGGAGCUACUUUUAUAGCAAUUCCCACUGCUUCCGCGGAUGCAAUUGCUUCAUUUAUAUGGGGUAGUUAUUUGAAAACGACGGGUGCACAUGGAGCACCAGUUAGUUUUUUUCGUCAUGCACCUUUACAAGAUAUGUGGGGACAAUUAACAGCUGGUAUGAAAGUUGAAGUUAUAAAUUCAGAUUGUUCUCAUGGUCCUAAUGAUACAAAGGAAAAAAUUUUUUGGUUUGCAUAUAUCGUUCGAGUUGAGGGUUAUUUGGCAUUAUUACGUUAUGAAGGUUGUGAUGAUGAUUCAUCUAUGGAUUUCUGGUGUAAUUUAUGUAAUAAAGAUGUACAUUGUGUUGGUUGGUGUGGACAAAAUGGAAUUAAAUUAGCACCACCAAGAAGUAUUGAACAUCGACAAACUGAUUGGAAAACAUUUCUUGUGAAUAAAUUAGUCGGUGCAAAAACAUUACCAGAAAGUUUUCGUCAAAAAAUUCAAUUAUCACUUCGUUGUCCAUUUAAAAAGAGUAUGAUCCUAGAAGUUAUUGAUAAAUUCCGAGUAUCACAAAUGCGUGUUGGCAAAAUAUCAGAAGUGAUUGGUGGCCGUUUGAAAAUCAAUUAUGAAAAUAUUCCUGGUGAACAUUUUUGGGUGCAUUAUGCAUCGGAAUUAAUACAUCCCGUUAGUUGGUCUCAUGUAACUGGGCAUGAAAUUGAAGCUACUCAAGAAUAUCAUAAUGAUGUAGUCAAAUUAAUUGAAACGAACUCCUAUUCAACAAGUAUUGCUACACCGGAUCUUUUUCGUAAAAUUCCGAAAAUAUCACCGGACGAUGAUCAAUUUCAAGAAGGUCAAAAAUUAGAAGCUGUUGAUCCAUUAGAUAUGUCGCGUAUUUGUCCAGCUACGAUUGGAAAAGUAUUAAAAAAUGGUUAUUUUAUGUUAUCAAUUGAUGGAUCCCUUGCCGAAGAUGGUUCCGAUUGGUUUUGUUAUCAUUCAAGUUCACGUUUAAUAUUUCCUAUUAAUUUUUGUGAAAUCAAUAAGAUUCCAUUAUCACCUCCACUGGACUAUCAAGGUGAAUUUGAAUGGGAAAAAUAUUUACGUGUAACGAAUUCGGUCUAUGCGCCACGAGAAGCCUUUCAUAUUAUUAAAGAGAAAACAACGAAUCCAUUUUCUAUUGGAAUGAAAAUUGAAGCUGUUGAUAUGAUGGCACCACAUUUAGUAUGUGUUGCUACUGUAGCACAAGUAGCCGAUAGUUUAAUUCGUGUGCAUUUUGAUGGAUGGAGUGAUGAUUUUGAACAAUGGAUUGACUGUCAAUCAACGAAUAUCUAUCCGAUUGGUUGGUGUGAACUUGUUGGGUAUAAACUUGAACCACCGAAACAACCCGAACAAGAAAAUACUGAAACAACAAAACGAUCUUCUAAAAAGUCGAAUAAUCGAAAAUCAAAUAAACGAAAACGACUGACUUAA